UUGAUACAGAGACGGAGAGAGACUAAGGAGGAAAGGAAAAAUAAAGAGAGACGUUAGCCUGUCAUGUGCCCAUUCGCAGUUACCGUUUUGUGCUUCAAAAUCAAAUUUCAAGUGAAGGGAGAGAGACAAAUGGAAUAGAAAUACACAGGGAACCAUAUCUAACUUAUCUUUCACCUAUAAAAGCCAUGUUUGUUAAUAGCAACCUGAAUCUACCAUGACCCACCUCAAAAUCAAGCUGUUUAAGCUUUUGGGUUUAGUUAAGAAAAUGUUUUUAGUGAAUCUUAUAAGAAUCUGAGCUUUUGGGUUUCAAAAAAAUUUCCGUUUUUUCAUAAAAGAUGGAGAGUACUGUGAAGAAGAAUGGUGAUAGUAGCUGUGGACGAUCUGAGAAAAUAAGAGAAGGGUCUGAGUCAGUUACUGAGUCGGGGACUGAGUCACGAGAUAGUAGUAGCUCGAGUUCUGAGGCUACUUCUACUGAGAGAGUAAAGACGGUAGGUUGUGAGUCACCAUCUCCUUUGGGUUGGCCAAUUAGGAAAGCUGGAGAGUGCAAGAGUUUAUUAGCCUCUUCCGACAGUGAAGACCAAGAGAAAUCCCAUUCAGAGGAUUCCAAGUUCAAAAAGCUGACAAGCUCGAAAAUUUCAGAGAUUGAUAUGAUGAAGGCAAGGUUCGCAAAAUUGUUGCUUGGAGAAGACAUGUCAGGGUCAGGGAAAGGUGCAUGCACAGCUAUGGCUAUUUCAAAUGCUAUUACUAAUCUCUGUGUUACUAUUUUUGGGCAACUGUGGAGAUUGGAGCCAUUGGCACCAGAGAAGAAAUCAAUGUGGAGAAGAGAGAUGGAGUGGCUUCUUUGUGUUGGUGAUCACAUUGUGGAAUUAAUACCCUCUUGGCAAACAUUUCCUGAUGGUAGUAAGCUUGAGGUAAUGACUUGCAGGCCAAGAUCAGACCUUUUUAUCAAUCUCCCAGCUCUCCGUAAACUAGACAAUAUGCUUCUUGAAAUAUUAGAUAGCUUUGUCAAUGCAGAGUUCUGGUAUGUUGAUCAAGGCAUUGUAGCUCCAGAUGCAGAUGGUUCAGCUUCUUUCAGAAAGACAAUUCAGAGACAAGAGGAGAAGUGGUGGCUGCCUGUACCCCGUAUCCCCGCUGGUGGCCUAAGUGAUAAUUCAAGAAAGCAGUUGAACCAUACACGCGAAUGCACUAAUCAAAUACUAAAAGCUGCAAUGGCUAUCAAUAGUAUUGCUUUAGCUGAAAUGGAAGUUCCUGACUCAUACAUGGAAGCACUUCCAAAGAAUGGGAGAGCUUGUCUAGGGGACCUCAUAUACCGGUAUAUUACUUCGGAUCAAUUCUCUGCAGAAUGUCUGCUUGAUUGCCUAGACCUGUCAACUGAAAAUGUAGCUCUAGAUAUUGCAAACCGUGUGGAAUCUGCAAUAUAUGUAUGGCGUAAGAGAGUUCAUUCAAAGCCUCCAACAUAUCCAAACCGGUCCACAGCAAGAUCAUCAUGGGAGAUAGUGAAGGACUUAAUGGUUGAUGGAGAUAAGAGGGAACUGCUUGCAGAAAGAGCAGAAAGCCUCCUGCUUUCGUUAAAGCAACGGUUCCCUAGUCUAAGCCAGACUACAUUAGAUACAAGCAAAAUACAAUUUAACAAGGAUGUCGGAAAAUCCAUUCUUGAAAGCUAUUCAAGAGUUCUGGAGAGUUUGGCAUUUAACAUUGUGGCACGUAUUGAUGAUUUGCUAUAUGUUGAUGACUUGACAAAACAUUCAGACAAAUUAUCAGUUUCCAGUGUCAGUGUCAUUGCUCACAAGAAAGUUUCACUCCCUUAUUCUGUGCCUGUCUCAGGCACUCCAUACAAAGCAACAUUUAGUACGCCAAGCUUUUCGCCCGCACCACCUCUUAUCAGUCCUGCUAGAGGAGAAAGAACUCCAUUUUUGCACAACAUUACCAUGUCCAACAACAACAACAAGCCUCACCGUCGCGGUUUUGGAGUAAAAAGAGUGUUGACAAAUUAUCUUGGCGGUGACACAAAAGCAAAGAUCUGUGGUAAUCAAACAGACGGCUUAUGUCCAAAUUCAAAUGCAAAUGGCACAGAAACAGCUAUAUUGCAUCAAAAUGCUCCUAAAUAUACUGUAACUUAAAGUGGGGAACUGAGAGUUUGGUGGACAAAAAGGAUGAACAUAGAGUUUGAGUAGGAUAUUUUUUUAUGAUAGAAAAGCUUUAGCCAGUUAUUGUUGUUUCAUUUAUUAGUUUCUUUGGGUUUUUAUAGAUUCUUGCUGGUUAUAUUAAAACCAGGAACCAUGUAGUUUAUGCUUUUUAUGUUGUUUGUAUCUGUGUGUAGCUGAGAGCAAAUAGAGAAUUUACGUUUUGAAUCAAAUUCCUGAGACAUCUCA